AUGGAUACCCACAACAAGACACUUGCCACUGAAGUUAUUCUCUUAAGCUUUUCUGAUAACAUCCAAAUAAACAUUGUUCUAUUUUUGUUCUUUAUUAUCAUCUACCUUGUGACUGUGGUUGGAAAUUUUCUUAUGAUUACCAUCAUUUUAAUCAGCUCCCAACUACACAUCCCAAUGUACUUCUUCCUUUGCAAUUUGUCCUUCAUUGACCUUUUCUACUCCUCAUCAGCCUUGCCUAAGCUCCUGGUGGACCUCUUCUCCAAAGAGAGAAUUAUGUCACUUGUUGAUUGUGCCAUCCAAGUGUACAUCAGUACUUUUCUUGGUGAUACGGAGUGUUUACUACUUGCCCUGAUGGCUUAUGAUCGAUGCAUUGCCAUUUGCUACCCGCUUUACUACCCCAUGCUGAUGAGAUGGACUGUGUGUUACUGGUUGGCUGCCUUUGUAUGGAUCAUGAGCUUUUUUAUCUCUGUGGUCCCUUCACUUCUGAUGCCUAUGAAGUUUUGUAAUCCCAACAGGAUCAACCAUUUCAUGUGUGAGAUCAUCGCGGUCAUAAAGCUGUCAUGUGAUAACAUCUAUCUGAAUGAACUUGUUAUAUUUUGUGUAAGUUUCAUCACUCUCCUCCUCCCAUUCUUGUUCAUCAUUAUAACAUACAUUUGCAUUAUCUCUAACGUGUUAAAGAUUCAGUCGGUGGCAAGAUCCAAGGCAUUUUCCACAUGCACCUCACAUAUUAUAGUGGUGGUCCUGUUCUAUUGGACGGCCAUGGUUAUGUACUUUGGACCAUCUUCGCAGUACUCGACAAACCAGGAAAAAUAUAUUUCAGUGUUUUAUGUCGUCAUCAUUCCGAUGUUAAAUCCAAUUAUCUACAGUCUGAAGAACAAAGAGGUCAAGAAUGCAUUUUUAUCACUUGUGAACUCUCACUCAUUACAUUACUGA